AUGAAGGCGCUUGCGUUAAACACGAUUGGACAAAUAAAACAGGCUUACAAAACGAAACUGUCGUUUAAACAUGCUUUGGAUGAAUGUAAUUUUGCAUACAAGGUAAUCGUAAAAGACGGUCUCCCAGAAGCAGAUGAAGCCCUCCCAGGAAAUCCUAAAUUCGCCGAGGAUGGGGUCGCCGACUGCAAAACAGAAGCCUCUAUCUGUGAAGAUGGAUUUUCCAAAGGACAAUCUCCGUUAACCAGUUCGAAUCAAAGAAUGGAAAAAAUUUCUGAUAUAGCUAGAGCCAUCGUAAGAAUGUUGCUCUGA